UUUUACGUUUACUUCCUCUCCUCAUUCUUCUCUAACCAACUUCCACCAUCCUCACCUCCAAUCUGCGUGUGAAGAAGGAAAGAGAAUAAAAAAUUGACAAUUAAAACAAAAGACAAAGAAAAUGAAUGAUCAAAGCCAUCCCACGAGAGAAAAUUUAUUUUCUUACUGCAGCUUUCAUGUGGGACAUGAUCAGAGUCUUGAUCCAAUGCAAUAAGCCACAGAAGUGAUCAUUUUCUUCUUGUUCAUUCAUUUCUUUCUCUCAGUUUUGGUCCUUUCUCUCAAUUUCCUCAGACGGGAUUUCUCAAUCAGCUAUGAGCUCCAAUUCCCACGUUUUGUUUUCUUUAAUGUUCUUCUCUUUCUCUUGUAAGUUCUUGUAUGUAGUAAGUGGCAGAAGCAGUCCCCGGUCGAACACUGAUUUGUUCAUCCUCGCCUGUGGCGAUUCAAGCAGCAAAACAGAUGCCAAUGGCAGGAAAUGGGUUCCGGAUUCCGAGUACCUCACCUCCUCCUGCAAUUCGAUGUCGGCCACAGCCGAAUCUCAAGACCCAUCGCUGCCUUCUUCGGUCCCUUACAUGUCUGCCAGAGUUUUCACAUCUGAAUGCACCUACAAGUUCUCUGUUUCUCCAGAGAAGCACCACUGGGUGAGGCUUCAUUUCUACCCAUCUUCUUACAGCAGUUUAGAUCCUUUGGAGGCAUACUUCUCAGUAACCGCAGGGGAGUUUACGCUCCUUAACAAUUUCAGUGCUUCCAUUACGGCCCAAGCUCUCACACAGGCCUACAUAAUUAGAGAAUUCUCCUUGAAGCCCAGUCAAUCUGGUUCUCUUAUUCUCACAUUCACCCCCUCAUCAAAACAAAAGGGAUCAUAUGCUUUUGUCAAUGGCAUUGAGAUGGUUUCAGUGCCUGCAGAUGUGUUUGAAUCAGCACCUUUGGUUGGUUUCUCCGACCAGUCCGUGGAUGUCAAUGACUCCUCACUGCAGACUAUGUUUAGGUUGAAUAUUGGUGGGAAAUACAUUCCUCCAAAUAAUGAUUCUGGGCUUACCCGGACAUGGUACGAUGAUUCGCCUUACUUGUUUGGUGCAGCCUUUGGGGUUACCUCUCAGGCUGCUAAGAAUGUCACAAUUAGAUACCCUUCUGGCGUACCAGGGUACAUUGCCCCGAUUGAUGUCUAUAGCACAGCUAGAUCGAUGGGUCCUAAUGCAAAAGUUAAUGAGAACUAUAAUCUCACUUGGGUGUUUCAAGUUGAUGCAAAUUUCACUUACCUUGUUAGGUUCCAUUUUUGUGAUUUCCAACUCACCAAGGUCAACCAGAGAGCAUUUGAUAUCUAUAUCAACAAUCAGACAGCGCAGGCAGCUGCUGAUGUGAUUGCGUGGUCGGGAUCGAAAGGAGUGCCUGUGUACAAGGAUUUUGCCACGCACACAAGCGAUGGGCCUGGCAAUGAAGAGCUAUGGGUGGCCUUGCACCCUUCUGUAUCGAUGAAGCCAGAGUACUACGAUGCAAUCCUUAAUGGGCUGGAGAUAUUUAAGCUGAAUGAUGCGGCUAGGAACUUGGCCGGCCCAAACCCAGUUCCUUCUCCCAUGCUUCUUAAGGCAGUGUCUGAUGAAAAAAAGGCAUUUGCUCCAUCAGAGUCCAAUAAUCAAUCCAAACUGAUCAGUGGCAUUGCAGCCGGGAUAGCUGGUUUGGUUUUGGUUGCUGCUAUCUGCAUUUUCAUCCACCGCAGGAAGAAAAUUGCUGAUGGGUCUGAAUGUGCAGCGAGUUGGCUGCCACUCUACGGUAACUCCCAAACAUCGGCUUGCAAAUCAACAAUCUGCGGAAGAAGUGAUGUAGGUAGGAGCCUUUCGUCUCAAGCUGCAGUCAUGUGUAGGCAUUUUACCUUGGCAGAAAUAAAACAAGGUACGAAAAACUUCGAUGAGUCACAGGUAAUUGGGGUUGGAGGAUUUGGGAAGGUCUAUAAAGGCAUUGUGGACAGAGGGACCAAAGUGGCCAUUAAAAGAUCAAACCCAUGCUCGGAACAAGGUGUUAAUGAAUUCCAGACUGAGAUUGACAUGCUUUCAAAGCUAAGACAUAGGCAUUUGGUGUCUCUGAUUGGGUGCUGUGAAGAAAAUGGUGAGAUGAUCCUGGUUUAUGAUUUCAUGGGCAAUGGGACUCUAAGAGAGCACCUCUGCAAGAGCAACAUGUCUCAUUUGUCAUGGAAGCAAAGGUUGGAAAUUUGUAUUGGUGCUGCAAGGGGACUUCACUACCUUCACACUGGUGCCAAGUACACCAUCAUUCACAGGGAUGUAAAAACUACAAACAUACUUUUGGAUGAGAAUUGGGUGGCAAAGGUUUCUGAUUUUGGGCUCUCAAAAACGGGUCCCAAUCUCGACCAAACGCAUGUAAGUACAGUAGUGAAGGGAAGCUUUGGGUACUUGGAUCCCGAGUACUUCCGAAGGCAGCAAUUGACAGAAAAGUCUGAUGUUUACUCUUUUGGGGUAGUCCUCUUUGAAGUCUUGUGUGCAAGACCAGCUCUUGAUCCUAGCCUUCCAAAAGAACAAGUUAGCCUUGCAGAUUGGGCGCGUCAAUGCCAGAGGAUGGGAGUUCUAGAGGAAAUUAUAGAUCCGCAUCUCCGGGGAAAGAUCAAUCCCAAGUGCCUGAAUAAAUUCGCUGAGACAGCUGAGAAGUGCUUGUCUGAGCAUGGAAUUGAUCGCCCUUCAAUGGGAGAUGUGCUGUGGAAUCUCGAGUUUGUGCUCCGGUUGCACAAAAACCCUGAUGGAGAGGUCAUGAUUCCAGAAGAUAAGGUGAAUGCUGAUUACACUAUGCAUAGAACUAUGCUAACCAUUGAAGAGGAGAGUACAGCGAGCGAGGAAACCGAUGAUGUAAAUACAAGUGCAGCAUUUUCCCAGCUAGUGGAUUUCAAAGGGAGAUAGGAUUGAGACUUCUAUUGUAGUUGUUGUUUUUUUUGGAAAGCGAAUACCAUGCAUCCUUCUGUUUCUCUUUCUCCUUGGCCUUGCAGAGAGAAGAGGCUAAUGAAAGUAUUUGAAACCGAUACUGUAAAGGCCUUAAGGUCUGCCUGCUGACUCGUUAUGAAAUGUGCAUUUUCAGGAUCCCCACUUCAGCUGUUUUCCUUUUAACACUGGUUUAUGUGGAAUAAAAUGGAAUGGAAAUUUGACUA